AUGAGUUUAAAAUCAUGUGUUAUAAAAUUCUUCCUUUCUUUCCUUUUUUUUGUCCUUCUAUCUUCCUCUUCUUUAGACACUAUUGAUAGAGUGCAAUUUCUUAGCGAUAAUGGUGAGACCAUAGUUUCAGCUGAUGAAACCUUCGCACUAGGAUUUUUCAGUCCUGGAACUUCUAAGAACCGUUAUGUUGGAAUUUGGUAUAACAAAGUCCCAAAGGAAACAGUAGUAUGGGUUGCCAACAGAAACAAACCCUUAACUGAUUCAUCAGGAGUUUUGAAGGUUAACGACACUGGAAUCUUAGUUCUUCUUGAUCGUAGCAACGACAUGGUCGUCUGGUCCUCUAAUACAACCACAACAGCAACAGGGGAUCCAAUUGCAAAGCUUUUGAAUUCAGGAAAUCUUGUUGUGCACGAGAGAAGCAAAGGUGAUGACGACUCUAGAGAUUUUGUGUGGCAGAGUUUCGAUUAUCCAAGUGAUAUAAUCCUACCUGGAAUAAAACUAGGAAGAAAUUUGGUUACUGGUAUAAAAUGGUCCAUAACAUCAUGGAGCAACUCCAGCGAUCCAUCUCCAGGUAGAUAUAGUUUACGAUUUGAUAUAGAUGGAUGUCCACAGACAAUGAUGAGAGAUGGUUCAACCAAAGUCUUUCGCUUCGGAUCAUGGAACGGCGUUCAGUUAAUAGGACAGGCGGCAGUUACAACAAACUCUAUAGUUAAAUAUAGCUAUGUUUUUAAUGAGGAAGAGCAAUAUGGUAUGUAUGAGCUUAUCAAUAGUGUAGCCCCUCACAAAUUGAUGUUACAAUCUGAUGGAAUCAUUCGGCGCACGACGUGGAGUAGCGAGAAAUCAUCUUGGAUCACCAUUAUGUCAAAGCGUGGAGAUACUUGCGACAACUACGCAACGUGCGGGUCUUAUUCUAGUUGUAAUAUCAAUAGAAAUCCUAUAUGUAGCUGCUUGGAUGGGUUUGUGCUGAGUAAUAAGCAAGAUUCAUCUAGCGAUUGUGUUAGGAGAACUUCGUUGAAUUGCCGUGGAGAUGGGUUUCUGAAGCUUUCGGGCUUGAAAAUACCUGACACGGAAAAAUCAUGGUAUAAUAGAAGUAUUAGCCUCGAAGAUUGUGAAAGUGGUGAGUUCUGGAAGAUGAAAGAGCGACUUCACGAAACUCAGAGAAGGGAGAGUGUGUUUCUUAUUCACAUCUCAAUCACCAUUCCACUUAAAAAUGGGAAUGCAAAACUAUCCAUACAAAAUAAUACUGAUACAAUAGAAGUUUCUAUGAAGAAGCAGUACCCUGAAAUUGAUCUUCUUGUGUCUGAGCAGGCUCCCCAAUCACUGUCUGAAAAACCAGUUGGUUCUAAGUCAGUUUGGGAUGAGAACAUUAGACCCAGGGUAGGUUUGGCCUUGAGGUAUCUUAAUACUCUGAUGGCUGCUUCAAAGUCUUCCAACAUAGAUAAAGGAGAACAUGGGUGUAUACUUUGGUUUGGAGAUCUUAGUGAUAUGAAAGAGUUGUCUCCAUCGCUACAAGAUAUUUAUAUAAGGAUGGCUGCUACGGAACUAGGUAAAAUCAGUGACCACCUCGACGAAGAAAUAGAAUUACCGUUGUUUGAUAUGUCCACAAUUAUUUCUGCAACCAAUAAUUUUUCUGCGGAAAACAUACUCGGGAAAGGUGGCUUUGGAUCAGUAUACAAGGGUAUCUUAAAAGAUGGACAAGAAAUUGCUGUAAAGAGACUUUCACAAAAUUCAAGUCAAGGACUUCAAGAGUUUAAAAAUGAAGCUAUGCAUAUUGCCAAACUUCAACACAGAAAUUUAGUGAAGCUAUUAGGGUUUUGUAUUCAAGCAGAAGAAAUAUUAUUGGUUUAUGAAUUUAUGCACAACAAAAGCUUGGAUUUCUUCAUAUUCGAUCAUGAAAGAGGAAAAUUAUUAAACUGGCCUAUUCGUUUUCUUAUAAUAAAUAGAAUCGUUAAAGGUCUUCUUUAUUUUCAUCAAAAUUCAAGGCAUAGAAUUGUUUAUAGAGAUCUCAAGGCAGGAAAUAUUCUAUUAGAUAAUAAAUUGAAUCCCAAAAUCUCGGACUUUGGACUGGCAAGAAGUUUUGUAGGAAAUGAAAACGAAGCAAACACAAGACAUGUGGCCGGAACUUACGGUUAUUUAUCACCCGAAUACAUAGUUGAUGGACUAUACUCAACCAAAUCCGAUAUCUAUAGCUUUGGUGUACUGAUACUAGAAAUAGUCAGUGGAAAGAGAAAUAGAGGAUUCACCCAUAUCAAUCACCACUUUAAUCUUCUUGGUCAUGCGUGGAAACUUUUCGUUGAAGACAAGUGCUUAGAAAUGGUGAAUGCAACCUUCAGAGACUCAAUUGAUUCUUCACCAGAAGAAGUGAUAAGAUCAAUUCAUGUGGGUUUAUUAUGUGUUCAACGAAAUCCAGAAGACCGGCCAAGUAUGUCGGAUGUGCUUAUGAUGCUGAGUAGUGAAUGGCCAUUGCCUCAACCAAAGAAGCCGGAGUUUUUUAUUGAGAGAGAUGUGAUUGUUGAUGACACUUCAUCAAGUAACCAUGAAAUACCAUCAUCAAUUAAUCAGCUCACAAUUAGCGAUAUCAAUCCACGGUAA